AUCAAAUCAGCUAGGUCAAUCUCAAGGAGAUGCAGAUAUGGGGAUGAAGUUGUACAUUCUAUUUCUAAAGUUGAACAUGACAGAGUUAUGGGUGGAGUUGUGAGUUCGCUUUGGUUUAAACCAUAUUAAGCAUCCUUUUGAGAAAAGGCGUUACCAUGUAUUUAGCUGACAUAUGGGUUUUUAUAGUAUAAAGAGAGAGUUUAAACUGACAUAGGACACACUUACACACUCACCCACCAUUCGCAACACAUACACUUCAGAAGGACAGCAAGGACACUUUGUUUACUUAAGGCCUACACUCAAGCUUACCUCACAAACAGCUGUUCGAAGCUGACACUUCUCACACCACUGAAGCUAGACGAAGGAACUUUUACUAUGCUAUUCUUUAAGCUUAUACCUAACUAAUAUUCUGUUAUUACUACAACAAGCUGUAUGAAGAUUUGAACUUUGUAUGUAUUUACAAGUUGAUGCCAAGUGAGAUGCUAAUAAAACUCAUACUUUGAGUAAGCCCGGCUAUUUGAACUUUUGAAAGAAACGUCCUGCGAAAGAAGCUGUUGACAUAACACGUGUCUAAUUUAACUCUUCUUCAAUGGCGAGCCAGCUCAUUAAUCGGUUUUCCUAACACCUUGCCACAAGAGGGGGAAGAGACCCAUUCAUGAGUUCUCAAGUCGCAGGAAAACUCCGAUUAUAGAAUCUAGAAAGGACGUUUGCUCUUCAUCCUACAAGGACAAAAGAUUCAAGGAACCAAGCCGGCUAAGACGUGAAAUCCCACGACUAACGAUAUGGCAUCUGAUAACCAAACAUGGAGGAACACAAAACUCCAAGAAGAAAUAAAAGAAAAUUGGAAAGCAAGAAAAUACACAAAAAGGAGAAAAUUCAUUAUCUCAGGACUCCUUUUUCCAUUAAUGACAUUUUUCUUCAUAAAAACUUACUUGACUUUUUCCAGUUCAGCAGAAGAUAACAAGACUGAGACCCUGCAUAAAAGAGACUUGCAGCUAUCCAGAAAUAAGAGACACUUUCCAAGAUACAGUGACUUUGACACAAGCAAUGACAUAUAUGGAUACGCUUGCAUAGGAUAUGGAGUUACUUGUUGCAUGAGUUUUUACUUUUUCCAUAGCAACACCAUUGAAAUUCACGCCAGAAUAGAAUCCAAGACAAAGUUCACAAAAAUGCAAGGAUCAUAUGUACAUAGUAAUACAACUGGUACAUAUGAGUGUAAUCUAACAGAUAUGGGAUUCUGGGUUAUAGUUAUAAAAGGAAAUGAGACUACAGCUUGGACUGGGGAUGUAACUAAUGUUAAGGUACAUACUCCUUCUGUGGGAGGAUCCAAAACUGAUAUUUGGUUUCAAACACAAUAUUAUUUACAGUUUGUAGAUCCUGAACAUUUACAAAUUACAGGAGAUGAAAAAGGAGAUGUAACUCGAGUAUGGGAUUUUCAAAUGACAAGAAGUUUAGCUCAAGUCAAAGUGAAGGUGAUGAUUACUGUUGUGGAUUUAAUUAUUCCAGACAUAAAAGUAUCGCCACAAUCUCUUAAAAUAGAAGAAGGAAAGGAUAAUUUAACUUUGAUGUGUACUACGCAAAUAGAAUUACCUCAGAAUUCACUAUUAACCUGGAAGAGAAAUAGUGAGUUGUUGGGCAGUCUUUUCUAUAGCUCAGCUAGCAUAAUUCGUAAGGGCAAUUUUGGUAAUUUGGAUUGGAAGAAUAAUAGUUUGAUUUUUCAUCACACUAAUCCAAAUCUAAAUGACUCAGGUAUAUAUGAGUGUUGCCUAUCAUUGGAAAAUUAUCCUAUGAAAUGUGAUAUUGCAAAUGUUGCAGUUUUAUCCCCUGAAAAAACGAAAUGUACUAACGGAAAAUUUAUUCCCGCCAGUCCUUUUCAAAUUAAUCAUUUCCAAUCCAGACAUCUUUUAAGAGAAGGACGCUUUGUGAUUAUACUUUGGAAAUUUAACAUUUCUGAAUGGAAAAUUUCAUCAAGGUAUCCUCAGUGUCAAGAGUAUCUAGUUAAUAUGGAAUUGGGUAUUGAUAAAUGGUUUGGAACUAAUAGUAAAAACAACAGCAGGAAUAAACGAGGUAUUGCAGAAGGAAUCCUCGGAGGAAUUGGAAUUGUUGGAAGUAUUACCAAUAGUAUGGAUAUUACUACAUUAAAAUCUGAUCUAGAAACAUCAGGUUUAGUGGGAAGUAAAAGUAUCAAAGUUCAGAGAAAUUUAAACCAAAUAUUAGAAAAUAUGGUAAUGAAGACAGCUAUGGUUAUAGGUCCAUCUAUUAUCCAUUUACAAAAUAUUACUUUGGAUUUAAUGAAAAGUGAACAACAUUCCCACAUAGCCAGAACGUGUCUAGAGAUACAGACAGAGUAUUCCACCAAUUUUAAAAUAACAGCUCAAGCAUUCCAAAGUGGAAUAACUCCUUUAGGAGUUUUACAAAGUUUACCUAAUGAGUAUGUAUUUGCAAAGAAUCAUACAGAUUUAUGGGUAAAUAAAUGGGUAGGAUGUAAUCAGCAUGAAUGCUUUAGUACCUCAAUGAUUCCUAUAGCUGGAAGAGAACAAAUGUUGGUUCCAAUUACAGUCUUAGGAUUGCCAGUAAGUGAUACUCAAUUGUUAUAUUAUCAAUUGCAGUAUACAGAUUUUGCUUUGGAUAGUAAUUUUUCAGAACCAGAACAACUUGACCUAUCUUCAUGUUUACAUUUUCAAUCUAAAAUAAUCUGUUUGCCUAAGCAGGACAAAGGAAUUUUUCAUUCUUGUUUUCAUAAUCAUUCAUUAUGUACCGCGAGAAUAGAAAAAGUAAAAACAGCUUUUGACUUAGUUACUUCUGUAGGUAAAAAGAAGGUUUGUUUUCAAGUUAUGACUAGCACUGAAACAGUUAAAGCUUUUUUCCUAUCCUGUACACAAACAGAAAUCCUGAAACGAGGAUUAUAUUGUAUAGACGGAGACCUUACAGGAAUCAGUAUAAAUGGAAUUAGAGUCAAUUUGACUAAUAUUCUUAUGAGAGAUGUGGGUGCUCUUCCUGUACAAUAUAAUAUAUCUCAAGUAGAUGAAUUCCCAUGGAAAGAAUGGGCAGACAUCAUACAAAAGGAUAAGGGCUUAUUAAUUGCUUUAUCUGAAGAACUUCAUAAAGCAGAUAUAGUAUUUAAGCAUGAGCAAGGAAAGUUAAAAACUUCAGAUUUACAAAGAAACAGAAAAGAAGACAAUUAG